GAUUUAGUACUACCUAUUCCCGGAAGUUAAUAUUGUAAAUAAUAUUUUUGCGAAAUCCUUUCAAAUUGAGAUUCUGAAAAAAAAACAUAUUUGAUUCUUCGUCCCAUGUAAGAGGUGUCAUUUGAAAGAAAUGUCGGAUACAGAUCUACUGGUUUAUCAUGAAGACUCUGAUUCGGAUGUUCCUAUUCUACACCCCACUCACUUUUCUCAGGAGCGAAAUCUUUUCUCAGUUGAGAGGCAGCGAACAAAUUUUUUUUCAAGACUUUUUAGGGGAUUCUGCACAUGUAAACAAAAGGAAAGAAACUUUGGUGCAGGUAUCUACAAUAAAAUCCAAGCUAAAAUAAAAUUGUAAUCAAUGCAAGUGUUUUACAGCAAUAUUUAGCAUGCUAACAAUGGUAGUUCUCUGCGCAGCUAUAGCUGAACCGAACUGGUUUCACAUAACUGGAGGAGAAUGUAAAUACUUCGAUCAUAAAGAGCUAUUGCAUCUUGGUGCUCAGCAAUUUUUUUAUGAUGGAUCAUUUUUGAAGCCUUAUAACAAAGAAAUAUCGACAAUUUACAGAUAUGGCAAUCGAAAUUCAGAACUAUUAAUUAACUGCGUAACUAAACCAAUAGUCAAAGCUAUGAAGGCCAUAUUGACUUUAUGCAUUUUAGCAUUCCUGUUUAGUUUGAUACAAUUUUCUCUUGAUUUGAUAAGCCCAGCUGAUAAGGGUUUCAGGUUUGCUCGCAGAAAUGGGAUGUUUAGUAUAUUCUCAGCUGUAACAAUAGUUGUUAUAUGUGGACUUUGCUAUCAUGUAGCGGAAAGUCUUCAUAAAUUUCAAAGAAAUCUUAAAAGUAGUGGAGGAAACCAAGUGAUGAUACGAUUUGAUAUUUCCUUUUAUCUCAUCUCAGCCGCUGGAGGAUGUUCUAUUUUUUCCACAGCAGCAAAUAUUUUAUAUUUAAGAAAGUUCUAUCGAACACCAAGAAGAAUUUUUGAAAAUGAGUUGGGUCCACCAAUUUUUUCGGAUGUACAACCACCACCGUAUGAGAGUCCACCGCCAUAUGAACCAUAG